UCUAGACAGCAGGAUCAGAGUGACCUGGUCAGAACGGUGUGACGGUAUGCCUAGAAUCAAAGGACAAAUAGAGGAGAGAGGGAACUGGGGCAGUAAAGCAGAGUUUAUUUUAGCUGUGGCAGGGAUUGUGAUUGGUCUGGGUAACGUGUGGAGGUUUCCUUACCUCUGCUACAAGAAUGGAGGAGGGGCAUUCUUGAUACCCUACCUGGUGUUUGUUGUUACCUGUGGGGUGCCUCUGUUCCUGCUAGAGACGGCUAUGGGACAGUACACACAGGAAGGGGGCAUUACAUGUUGGCAUCGCCUCUGUCCACUAGCUGAGGGUAUUGGCUAUGCAGGACAGCUGAUAGUGCUGUACAGCUGCAUGCAUUACAUCAUCAUUCUGGCCUGGGCAUUUUUCUACCUCAUCUUUUCUUUCAGCUCCCAACUGCCAUGGGACAGCUGUGACAACACCUGGAACACAGAUGAUUGUGUAAAUCUCGCUGCAAAGAAUCUGACCCUAAACUGGACAACGCUGAUUAAUUCAACCUCUGCAGUUACUGAGUUCUGGAAACACAGAGUGCUGGCUCUAUCUGGAGGUAUUGAGGAGAUUGGUAAAAUCAACUGGGAGAUUCUUCUGUGUCUCAUUGCAGUGUGGAUCAUAUGUUAUUUCUGUGUCUGGAAAGGAAUCAAAUCUACAGGCAAGGUGGUGUAUUUCACAGCCACAUUUCCUUAUGUGAUGCUACUGGUGUUGCUAAUUCGUGGGUUGACUCUUCCUGGAGCUCUGCAGGGGGUUGUGUUUUAUUUGUACCCUGAACCGGCUCGUCUCGCUGACCCACAGGUUUGGAUGGAAGCAGGAGCUCAGAUCUUUUUCUCCUAUUCUUUAGGAACAGCCUCUCUUACUGUAUUAGGCAGCUACAAUAAAUAUAACAACAACUGCUACAGGGACAGCUUAUGGCUUUGCCUUCUGAACAGCAGCACCAGUGUUGUAGCUGGCUUUGCUGUCUUCUCAGUCCUGGGCUUCAUGGCUCAAAAGCAGGGUGUCCCCAUUGAGGAGGUGGCAGAAUCAGGUCCAGGACUAGCAUUCAUAGCUUAUCCACAGGCAGUAGCUAUGAUGCCUUUCCCUCAAUUGUGGGCUGUUUGUUUCUUUAUCAUGAUUAUUUUGCUGGGACUAGAUACACAGUUUGUUGCAAUGGAAGUUUUCAUGACAUCAGUGAUGGACCUGUACCCUAUGGUACUGCGCAAAGCUGGACGUCGAGAAAUAUUCCUUCUACUUUUCUGUCUUGUUUGCUUCUUCAGCCAACUUAUCAUGGUUACAGAGGGGGGGAUGUAUGUAUUCCAGUUAUUUGACUACUAUGCUUGCAGUGGAGCCUGUCUACUUUUCCUCUGUGUGUUUGAGUCUUUGGCCAUGGGUUGGGUUUUUGGGGCUGAGAGAAUGUUUGACGUCAUUGAAGACAUGACAAACUCACGACCCAAUUACAUGUUCAUGCUGUGCUGGAAAUACCUGACUCCUCUCGUGUCCCUGGUGUCUUUUGUCUGUUCAAUGGUGAAGUACAAGCCUCUCACUUUUAACCGCUGGUAUGUGUACCCGGACUGGGCGUACGCACUAGGCUGGUUACUGGCCCUGUCCUCCAUUCUGCUGGUGCCUGGAUGGGCGCUGAUCCGACUGUUUACUGAGAAAGGAAGCCUAAAACAGCGAUGGCAUCACCUGUGUAGUCCUGACACAAACCUCCCUUUUAUCUGUAAGCAACAAGCUGACACACAAGAAAAGACCUUCAUUACAGAGAUGGAAGACUUAGUCAAGAGAAACACAAACUAAAAGAUGCUCAGCCUUGCUAUUUAUUUCAAUUUGUUUUUAUUAAUCUUUGUAAUUUAAUCAGCUAUUCAUGUCCUUGACAACAGCACACAAGGGUGCCUGAACUGCAAAAUGUAUGUCAUUGAAACGUUAUUGUGCAUAUGACACAUGCCAGACUUGUGUGUUCCUGCAAUAGGUUGCACAUGAUGUCACGGGGUGGCGCGAAAUGCAGAUGGAGGGCAGGAAGUGAUUUUCUACAUAGGGAAGCAUGAAAUGCCUAUGUUUUGCGUCGUUUAUUGUUGCUCUAAUCGAUCAAACCGAGAAACCACAAGGAGCUUUUAUCGUGUACCAAAAGUUGUAGUUCAUCAGGGGAGGAAAUGCUAGAAAUUUACUGAAAAAGUGACUUGUAAUCCUGCCACUGUGGUUGGGUGGAGCCGAGUUGGAUAAUGCUUGUGUGUGCAGUGACCACUUUGUCAAAAGUUAAUACAACUUGCAUAUGCAACCACUAACAAAAAAGUAGUAUGCCUCCAUAGUUUUGUAUGCUUAAAUUUGUUUUCUGGAGUAGAAGAGUAGAAGUCCGUGCCCAGUUAAAUAAAGCACCCUGGGCCGGUUGCACCAGCUGGACGUACACCCGGUCGUAAGACUAAGCUUAACGGGUUGCUGUCGUGAAACACUUAGCAACACAUUUAAGUCAUUCCCACAGGUAAGGGAAAUCACGCCUUAAGUCUAAUACUUAAGGGAAAAACUUGAGGCGAAUAUUCAAAUUCAGUAGAAAAAUUGCUCCUCUUUAUGACACAAGGAUCAAGUACAACAUAUGUUGUGGUUUUCUGUAUAUACAUCACUUGUAACAGUGUCUAAACCAGUACAUUAAGGAUUUUCCUCCAUCUCAUCCAUUCUGCUUUUCACUUCCUGUCCUCCAUCUGAAUUUCAUGUGUCAUCAGAAUCACAUCAUUGCAAACAAGCUAUUGAAUGUAAAAUUGAUGUGUUGACCUUUGUAUUGCAGUUAGUUUGCACACCUUGUGGUUUGUGUGUGCUCUAGUGUCAAAACAGCGUUGUAGUGAUUUUUCUUUUUCUUACAUUGAUUCAGUAUUAAAAGGUAUGGUAUCUUAUAUUAACUAUUGUUAUGUUAUGGGAAGCUGUAGAGAGAGGGUGCCACUUUUUCUUUUCUAAUACGUUUAUCCAAUGUUUUUGGUUAUUCGGGGAGUGGAGAGAAGCUUAUGUAGUUUAUUUCUUUCUUUUACCUGUAUACUGUAGGUCAUUUAGUUCUCCUCCCAAUAGUUAGUAACCCAUUUGUUUGUUGUUUUGGCUAGACCCUGUCCUGAAGAUUGACUGCUUCCAUUUUCUUUGUUUAAUUAAAAUAAAUAACUUUAAUUUGCA